AUGGCCGCACAGAAAGAAAGAGUCGUUGUCAUUGGAAGUGGCUGGGCUGGCUAUAGCCUUGGCUACGGUAUCGAUCACAAAAAGUACGAUAUCACUUUGAUUUCGCCAGAAAAUACUUCUGCGGUAACUCCUUUGUUGGCCAGUGCUGCUUGUGGACUAUUUGACCCUCGAUUGGCUCAUGAGCCCCUGCGACGAAGGGAUUUCCAUGCCAAGUAUAUCAAGGCUUCGGUUGUCGACAUCGAUUUUGACGCCCAAAUUCUCAUUUGUCAACCAGCAUUCGAGGAGCUCAAGGAUGAGCGUUUCAAUGUCGAAUACGACAAAGUUAUUCUUGUGCCAGGAUGUCGCAGCAACACUUUCGGCAUCCCUGGUGUGGCGGAGAAUGCCAUCUUUGUCAAGAAUGUUGCCAACGCGAAUGCAGUUCGCAGCCGAUUGAACGACAUUCUUGAGAUGGCCUCGCUUCCAGGAACAUCGGAAGACCGUCAGAGGCAACUGCUGCACGUGGCUGUUGUCGGUGGCGGUCCUACUGGUAUUGAGGUCGCGGCUGAACUAACGGAUUUGUUUGACGGAGACGUUGGAGUCUUGUUUCCCCACUUGAAGGGCAAGGCGUCUGUCUCUGUGUACGACGUGGCUCCUCAGAUUCUGACACCAUUCGAUCAAAAACUGGCAGAAUACGCUUGCAGCGCCCUGAAAACUGGCAAAGUCAACGUUAAGGUGAACACGCACAUCCUCAAAGUUACCAAGAAUACGAUUGAAACUCAGGAGGACGGGGCUACCGGUUACGGUAUGCUCAUCUGGGCCACGGGAAACAAGUCUGUUCCUCUAAUCGACCAAUUGAACCUCCGUAAGACAGAGAAGGGAUUAGUACGGAUCUUGACAGAUGACCACCUCAAUGCUUUCGCACCAGAUGGCAGCGUCCUGAAGAAUGUAUUCGCAUUGGGAGAUGCGGGAGAUAUUGAAGGCGGGACUCUCCCAACAACCGCUGAAGUUGCGAUUCAAAAAGCAGAUUAUAUCAUCAACCUGCUCAACGAGAAUGUCAAAUCUCCCUUUGAGUACAAACAGCGCUCUCUGGUGACGUACACGGGAAGAUGGGAUGGUGUAGUCCAAGGAAAACGCGAAUAUACGGGCUAUGGAGCAUGGCUGAGUUGGAGAUCUGGCAACUUUUUCUGGACGCGGUCGUGGCGAAGAAAGAUUUUGAUGGGCUAUGCAUGGUUUAUGGAUUGGUUGGAUGGAAGAGAGAUUAUUCGCAAUUAG